AUGGACAUGGGAAACGGCUCGGAGGUAGGAAUGAGCGGCGGUGAGCCAUCGGCGAUUGACUUCAACGUCUUCUUGAGUUUCAGGGGACCGGACACUCGCCAAGCCUUCACGGAUUGUCUUUAUCACCAAAUGCUAGAAGCAAACAUCCGUGUUUUCCUUGACGAGGAAGAGCUCCAUGUCGGUAAAGAAAUAGCUGAUGAGCUACCGGUGGCCAUUGAAAAGUCGAAGAUCUACAUACCCAUCUUCUCUAAAGGUUAUGCUUCGAGCACAUGGUGCCUUCGCGAACUCACACACAUGGUGGAGUGCAAGAAAUCCAAAUCAUCCGAGAAGGAGAUUAUGCCGAUUUUCUACAAUGUUAAGCCUUGUGAUGUUAAGCUUAAGUCUCAACGGUAUGUCAGCGCUUUGGAGGAGCAUGAAGAGAAGUUUGGUUGCCAAACGAGGCUAAAGUGGGAGGAGUCCCUCAAAAGUGUAGCCAAAAUCAAAGGAUGGGAGUUGAAGAAAAAACAAGGGUACUGGGAAUUCAUUAAAUCGGUGAUACGUGAGAUUGUGAUGAAGUUGAAGACAAAAGACAAAUACGUUGGCGAGAAUUUAGUCGGAACGGACGAUCCAGUGAACGCCAUUCUGAAGUUGUUGGACAUGGACUCGGGGGACACACGCUUUGUGCUAAUCCAUGGAAUGGGCGGAAUCGGUAAAACAACUCUUGCUAAGAUUGUGUUCAACAAACUAACUUCCUUCUUCAGUCACUGCUGCUUCCUAGGAAAUGUCCGGGAAUCGUCGAUCGGGUUUGGCAUCAUGACUUUGCAGAAACAACUAUUGUCUAUCACAUUGGGUUCGGGCUUUCGAGAUCAAAUCGACGAUGUCGACGAUGGGAUCAAAUUGAUUGCGAAACACCUUUCUAAUAAGAAAGUCUUGCUCGUUCUUGACGAUGUGGAUGACGAGGAGCAACUCCAGAAAUUAGCCAUCAACCGCAUAACUUUCUGCUCAGGAAGCAGAAUUAUUGUGACAACUAGGAACAAAAGCAUCAGGAAAUCCGACAAAACUUUGGAGUAUGAAGUGAAGCCGUUGGAUAAUGCUCAAUCGCUCGAGCUUUUCAGUCAACAUGCUUUCGGAAGGAAUCCUCCUCCAUAUGAAUUUGUCAAUCUUUCGAGACAAAUAAUUUCUACGACUGGAGGACUUCCUUUGGCUCUUGAAGUCAUAGGCUCAUUACCUUGUCAUCAAAACAAAGCCUCAUGGAACGAUGUGCUAGACAAUUUGAGAAAAAUACCUCAUAAGAAGGUCCAGGACAAGCUAAAGAUCAGCUACAAUGCCUUAAAUCAUGAGGAACAACAGAUUUUCCUUGACAUCGCAUGUCUCUUUGUGGACAAGGACAAGACGAAUGCAUUCUACAUGUGGAAGGAUUAUAACUAA